AUUUAGCAGGAUGGAAGGUAAGCCGGCGGGAGGCGACGGGGUUAUCCCUGAUGACGCGUCUCAGGACUCGCAAGUCAACAUGACGGAAGAGGAAAAUAACAUGGAUCAAAUGAUGAUUAAAAGUAUUGGGAUAGACCGCUUUUGUUCAGCAGAUGCUUCCCAUGACACUAUACUCACGACGAUGUACGAUACAGGAGAGUCGUCCUAUGGUAAAGGCUACUUCCUUCAGCCCUUAGCUGAAGAUGUGGACUGUACAAUGGGAAUCCCAAUGUGCAAUGAUGUAAUUCUAAUGAGACAUCAUGAAAAAUACCACUGCGAAAGUGCAAUACCAUCUCUAUUCACGCACUUCCUUGAAUGCGGCACCGCCGUAAGAUAUGUGCACGAUUUCUCUAUAUAUACACCAACGUGCGAUAGAAUGGUGCCGCUGGACCAACUUGGAAGGUUAUUCCAAACCAUGGUUUUGGUGGGAAAGGUCAAGCUUGUGUCCACAGUAAUGGAUGAUGACCAAAUCCAAAAGGAAAUACAACAACUUCUUGUAAAUGGAGUCUCUCCUGACCAUGUACGGGUAAAGCAAGGGAAAAAGUCAAAAACUAUCGGCGUGAGGAUAACCAUAGUCGACUUCUUCUUCGACCACGGGACCGAAAUUGCAGACAUACCAGCUUUAUACGUUGUCAGUGAACAUGAUAUCUACUACCGCCUGGACAAAGUGGCAGCACGUUACUUAGCCAACUUUGAGACGUUUAUUGUUGUAUUUAACCUAGCAGCCAGCAUGGCAAAGGCAUACCAAAGAAAUCGCAACUGUGCAUUAAAUGACGUUGUGACCGAUGCAGCAGCGGCCGAUAAUCCCGCUCUCAACAUUUGGGGCGACCCUUUACACAUACCAGGAUUCACAGAAGUUGAUGUUUACAAAACUAUAGAGGUGCUAUACAAGGAGUGCUUAUAUCAGCAUAUUUUCCUGCAGCCGUGCCGAACUGCAGUAGAGGAUAUAAGAAUGGGCAUAUUUCCAGAAUCAGCAUUUAUAACCGGCGAUAUAGAUGGAAUUAUGGCCAGAGAUGUAAGUGGAUCACUGGAAAGUCCAUCAUCACACAUGUCAUCCGAGAUUUUGAGUCCGUUUCCUCAAAUGACAGCUGAUACCAUGGUACAAAGCGGAAGCUUUGGACAUGGUGAUCACACAGUCAAUGUGAAAAAUGCAAAAUAUAUAGACUCAGGUGUGUUGAUGAUGGAUAUACUAGAAACGAUGAGAGACCACCAACCGUUGUAUUUCUUCGACGAGGAAUUUGUCUUACCAGAACACUCAACAGCAUACUCGCUGAUCGAAAAAUACAACAACGCGGUAUACCCAUCUUUCGUUAGUGCAGAUGGGAUGCCAAUGAAACGACCAUGGUUUGGAGGAUUUUACCGUCAAUACGAGCCAGAUGUAAUGCCCGUCACAUGGAUGGAACCAGCCGAAGUUACAAAACCAACUAAGCCAACCAAAGCACAGAAGACACAGAACGCCCAAAAAGGUCCUAAGGCGCUCAAGGGGGCUAAAGCUUCAGAAGGUACUUCACCACCGGGAUCGCCGCAAUUACCUGAAAUUAAAAGCAAGGUGUCAGGCAGAAUAAUCAAGCGCACCACUAAACUAACAGAGCCUGAGGACCGAGCCCGUCCAUCUGCGGAGGACCAAUCAGGAUCAUCAAAGAGAGCGAAUACUACAGCUGUAGUAGAUGAAGCCACGCUUCGUAAACAGAAAAUGCUUAUAGAAAAGGAAAAAAUGUGCAACGCAUUGCUACUGCCCGUUGACUUUGAUUACUGUGCUUACAACACUACCAGCGAGUUAUCAGGCGAUGAAGCGGGAAAUGACCCAGUAGCACUGCUGAACGAUUUUGAACUAGAAUUAAAGGACGCAAGGUAUUAUCCUAGGGACUUACCAUUACGUACCUUGCGCUUUUACGGAGCUGAUGAUCUUUUGGAUAUCGCAUUUGUUUGCCGAAACUUCUCGACCAGUUCUUCAGUGAUGGAACCUGCAUUGCCGAAGUUCACUUUCGAAGAACUUGAACGAAAUCUCCUCCAUGCGACAAGCGUUGACCUAUACAAGCCACUUGACCCAUCAACGUUCGUCUUUGGAAAACCGGAUUGCUUAUGUUUGUUACUGAAGCAAGAAAAUGGCUGUUUCAGUAAGUUGGGUAAAAUUCAGGCAAAACUAGAAGGACUACAUGUUGGAAUUAUUAGACCCCUGCUAGAUUACUGCCGCUUUGAAGGGUUUGAAUUUAGAUUGAUGCUACUCCGAGAACAGUGCGAUAUCCCAGAUAGAAAGAGAGAUAACUUCGAAAAGGAAAUAAUCGCUGCAGUACAGGAUACUGAAACUUUGGUGCACUUCCUAACGACACAUGGUGGGUGCUUGUACCGUGGACGGUUCAAGAGUACGCUACCAGAGUCAUAUUCGCCAAUGCCAUAUAUUAAUGGAAUACGCUGGAAUAAGAGGUUCAAGCAGGUUGAAAGGUUGCUCUCAGCGCUGAAGUCACAUAAAUACACGAACGCAGGUCAUGAGUAUAGACAGGAUGCUGUUGUUAUCAAACUAGACAAACGGCUUGCAUCUGUACCAAUAGAUAUCAUGAUAGAAGGCAGGAAACGAUUAACCGAGUACAGUGCAAUAUAUCCAUCAAACGUUUUUGAAGUGCUACCCACGUUUAAUAGAAAAUUCAAAAUUUGGCCACCUGAAAUACCGACGAGGAAGGAAGCAGAACCUUCGAAGAUUAUAAAUAAGUUGAAUCAAAAGUUGGACGGAUACCUUCGGUCAGCCUUUUUUGUUGAACAAAUUACAAAAGCUCCGGAAGUAGAAAUAGAAUACGGGUUCCAAGAACCAUUAGGACUCUUAAAAGCGGAUAUCGUUAUGCGUCCAGAGAUGAUAACAUCAUUUACAUGGGCAUUUUUAUUGCGUAUAUAUCUUUUCUAUGCAUUCUAUACAUGUCGCCACAAAUAUGUAUUCAAGCUGAACACAACAACCGGGGGUGAGAUGCCACAAUCUGGAAUUAAUUCAAUCGAUGAAGAAGAUGAUGAAGAUGAUGAUUUUCCCACAGAAAACCCACUGAAGAAUAAAUUAAUGGACUUUACAACAGAUAUAGAAAAGGGUGCACAAAUAAAAAGGCGUAGAGGAACCAAAAGGGAAAGAAUUGCAUCAUCUGAUUUCGAAGAUGAGGAUGAUGAGGAAGAAGACGAAGGUGAUGAUGAAGACGAUGUCUAUCAAGAGGAUGUUGAUGAAGUAGGACGGAUGAAUAGACGAAGAGGAUGGGGAAACAACCGUUAUUCCCCCUACUACGACUUUGAAUUGGAUUGGUACCCAGAUGAAGAGCGUAUAAAGCACAUGUUCCAAGGGGCAAUAGCAGCUGACGCAAUGAAAAUUAUAUUCGAAAAAAUGAGAAAGGUCAGUUUCUAUGAGCUGGAAGCCAGAGACCGAUUAUUGUUGUUGCGCUGGUUAGGAGAAUUGCUCACAUCCCGCGCAAAUGCAAAGAGAUAUGUUGAUCAAAGGAAUGAUGAAUUCUACGCUUUGAAAUUGUUGAUAACAAAGGCAGAUGGUGUCCAAAAUCCUAGCAACGCAAAUUCUGAAGCCCAAGGUGAUGACAGUGAAAGGGGAGAAGGGGAUGAUACCUCUGGAGCCACAGGAAAAAAUGACAGUGAAGAUGUCAACACCCCAAGGGAUAAACCUAACAAAAAGAAUGGCACAUCUACUGCUAAUACAAUCCAGGUGAAAACGGAAGAUCAUAAUGGCCAUGAUCCAGCAUCUGAAACCAUUGUAAAAACUGACGAACAGGAAUCGAAGCAAAAUGGUGCCAACACUGCCACAGCCAACCCUAAAGCUGUCAAAGUAGAAAAUGAUAUUAAAGAUGGAGAUGACAAUUCGACGGACGAUGCUGACAGUAACGUUAAAACAGCAGAUGUAUCACAAAACCCUUUGGUGUCAGAUAUGACCAGAAAAAAGAAACCAAGAGAAAUUAUGCGGGAUUUGGCAGAGCUGGAAGAACGAUAUAUGCAAACAAAUUACCACCUGGGUAGAGAUCGUUUCUAUAACGACUACUAUUACUUCGGAUCUGAUCUAGGAUGCCGUAUAUACGUCCGUACUCUUCCAUCUAUACGGUUCACAGCACAAAGGGUGGCACUCAGAAGUAAGCAAUUGCGCACCCCGUCAUUCACUGCUGACAAAUUCAAGUUUAACAUUAACGACUAUGCGAAGCAACUAGAGGAAAACCGAGUUUUUGAGACCGAUGGUAAACGAGGACGUCACAAGAGAUCGGAUGGUAAGGAUAGUGGCCCAGAUGUUAAAGAUAUGGACCAAUCACUAAACAAAGACGGCAGUGUGGCAAAUACGCCUCGUGGAAAUGGUGAAGAAACUAAUGCACCCGCUGCCAAGGAUGAGAGCAACCCGCAAAUGGUUAAACGUAAGAAACAGAAAGGACGUAAACCUAAAAUAACCAAACCAUACCUGAGACGCAGUCGUGAAUUUUUCGAUAGGCAGCCUACAGACUUUGCAAAUGUACAGGAAUAUAUCAAGUAUCUGAUAAAUAUCCCCCCUCGUUUGUGCUGGGCUGUCAUGGACAAUCCCAAGGAAGUUCGGAUGUUUAUAGAACGUCUGUCACCCAUGACAACGAACGAACGUGCUUUGCAGGCUAAGCUUUCGAUGAUGGAAGUAGAAAUGAAACGAUUAAGUGUCGUAGAAACGGAACGUAUAGAAUGUUGGAAAGCUCCAACAAUACAAGGACAAGUGCUCACUACACUUUUAUGUGGGUUGGAGGCUUUCAUACCAAAAAUUCUAGGGAUGCUGGGUUCUACUCUAAUGCGUUAUAAUAGCCUAUCUAAGAUUCCCUGUGGCAUGGAGAACAAUAACGAUGAAAAGAAAAAUGCAUGCCAAGAAAAUGGCGUCGGGGAUGUAAAUGCUAAUACAGUGCCAUUUGUCAGAUCUACAGAAGAUAAACAAGGACAAAAUGAUAAAUAUGCCGAUAGUCAGGUUGCUGUAAGGAUUGGCUCCCAUCUCUAUCGUGGGAUAAUCAAUGCCAACGAGAUGCUGAUGCAGUUCAUUAAUACCAGUGUCCGCCAAAUGUUAGCUGGAUGCUGUGGAAAUAUGAUGGGAGUAGCGUCACAGGUUAUGACAGUAAUGGAGAUAAUAAUUUUGAUUGAGUCAUUGCUCCACUUGUACUGUGAUUCAGAAACAUGGGCAAGAAAUCGCUUUGGAUGGCAACAACAAAUAGAAUUGUUAUACCAAGAGCUUAUUGAGCACUUCCCUGAUGUUGGGGAUGGUUACAGUUUCAAAGGAAAUUGUGAAUGCAUGAUUAGACUGGCGGGAACCGCCCUGAAACAACAGGAGAGAAUACUAGUUCGUAUCGUUGAAGAGAUUGGUAUAUGGUUCCAUUAUGUAUAUAUUUUCAACAUGGAUCGUAUAAACCUGUUGCAACGAUACAGGCUAAGCUUCAACUCCGCUAUUGAUAUACAACGACCUACCCUGAUCUGUCAAUAUCUAUCCAACCUUGAUCAACAAUCUGUGGUUUACCUGUUCGGAGGAUACAGGGAAUGGCUCCUGUCGCUAUAUCGCAAUGACGCAUUUCCCCGUGACCUUUUUGAUGAAAUGCUGAGGGAAUACUUAGGUGAUGAACUUGGGGAAGAUGACGUUGUGCUGGAGAUCUUAGAGAAUGUGGAACCGAAGGUUCCCAUGGAGACCCUUGAGGGCUAUAUCGAAUCGGUUUGGUUCUUCGAAGUUCCUGGCUUCGGAAAGAUUGCACGUUGUGUUAUUCGUAGCGUUGAGUACGAUAUAGAUAUUAAUGGAGUGAGCAAAGAAGUUGAGGAAGGACAUCUCGUUCCAUAUUUACAGCAUUUGGAUGACACAACACGUGACGAAGACGAUGAUCCGGAACAAUGGGAUCGACCUCCGCGAGGAAAUGCAAGGAAAUCCCAAAAUUUCGUUGUAUACGCACCUUUGGAUUCGGUGGACCGUGAGUGCGAAUUCAUUCUACCUAUGGAGUUUGUGAAAAAAUAUCUGAGCCAUACAUGGCGUCAUUCAAUGCAAUGUAUGUGGCGUGGUGAAAAGGCGCAGGUUAUUCGAGUCUGCUAUGGUCUCGCUGACAUCUGGCAUAUGCUAGAGAUAGACACUGAUAAUGGCAUCCACAUGGUUAACCUCUGGGAUGUUACUCCUGUCUAGGCAUUUUUGCCAGAUAUAACAAAUGCUCAAAGUAAUUGUACUCAAACAAC